AAAAGAGGUUUUCUCGAAAACAUGCGUGUCAUCCCAGGAAUCGUUCACUCGUAUGCUACACUCGAUCGCAUCAGUGAAGGAGACGUAUUACAAACGGCUGUCCUUCUACAGUUCUACCGCUGAUAUAGGCUGGUCCGAAGUUGAACGUUAUAAUAGCGAUCGGAGAGUACUUUCGCCGAGAGUCGCCCGUAGUGGGGGAGGCAGGACUUGAACCCUGGAACCCUAUGGGCCAUAUAUACUACGGGCCCAUGCAGCGCUCUUACUACUUGUGGUGUUAGCUUCUCGCUGAUUUCCCGCCGUACAAGAAAUACGCAGGAGACAGAAGUUGAUAAGAGCGACGCGAAGAUGAAGCUGCUGAUCAUGUGCGCAUUAACUACCGUCGCGUUUGCCGCGCCUGGGCCAGGUCUCCUCAAGGUACCGAGGGUGUAUAAUGCCGUGAUUACGAGUAAUCAGAAUCUAUCGCCGUCGCGAGCAUUCCCUGUGAUACAACCGGUCAUCCAUCGAACCGCCAUCGGCUACGUGCCACCGUUCUAUUACACGCAGAUAGCACCUCACUUUGCCGGGCCGGAAGUGGUGCAUUAUCCGUUGCUCGCCGAUAGUAAAGUGAUCAGGAACGACCAAGCGCAGGCCUCCUCCUCAAAGUCGCAUUUAGCCGAGUCGAUGAGCUUUGGUUUCGCGAAAGAAGAUCCUGCUAUCACCGAUCGUGCGAAGGAAAAUAAUUCUAAAAACGGCGAUACGAAGAAUUCCGCGAAAAAAAAUGAACAGGAGCCAUUGACUUUCUACCCGAACUAUCGUUCCCUCUACUACGAACCGUACAUCUAUACGUACAAUGGCUUCAAUCCACAUCUCGUACCUGGCACUUACUACAUCGAUUACCGGCCUUACGAGUCUGUGAAACCAGUUCGAGCUACUACACCGAGGAACGUCGAUUCCGAUCUUCUAUUACCAAGCUUCCACGACGAGAAGAGAACCCAUACGAAAAACGACAGAGAAAAAAUACCAGAUGUACCACCGCCACCUCUUCCGACUUCCAUACCGAAGAGAUCUUGAACUUUGCAAGGCGGAAGUAUGAUAUUUAGAACUGAAUGGUGAUAAAAAAAACAGGUGAAGAAGAAAGCUCCGCGAAUUUUUUAAAUGAAUGUUGCAAGUGUGGAUAGAUAUGUCGAUAAAAUAU